AUCCCCCUGCCCGCGGAAAAAGCCCAGAUCGCCGACAUCCUUUUCACUCGAAUUAUUACUUGAAUUUUAAUUUUAAUUAUUAUAGGUAAAAAUAGUUAAAGUUUAAGAGGAAAACAGUAUGGGCGAAGGGCCGGAGAAAGAAAUAAGAAAGUAUUACUAGAAUCAGUUCGUUGCCCCUUUCUGGUUUCCUAGUUCUUGCUUCGCCCAGUGAGAGGGGGGAGAGGGAGAGGCGGAGAGAUGUCGGGAUCUGCGACGAUGGAGUUGGAGCCGGCGGCGGCCGAGGCGCAGGCGGCGGCCGGGGGGAAGGUGGUGGCGGCGAGGUCGUCGAUCCUGGACUCGAUCAGGGGGUGCGGUCUCGCUGGGAUGAGGGUCGACAAGGAGGAGCUGAGACGGAUGAUCUUGAUGCCAAAGUACCUUCGGGUGGCCAUGGCGGUGGCGGUCCGCAUGAAGGACUGGAACGCUGGCGUGACGUCGGCAUCGUCGACGGCGAACCGGAACAGCGACGACCAGGCGGCGCCGGAGGCGCCUAUGGUGGUGUUCGUGAACUCCCGCAGUGGGGGACGCCACGGCCCGGCCCUCAAGAUCCGGCUUCAAGAUCUCAUUGCUGAGGAACAGAUCUUUGAUCUUUCAGCCGUGAAGCCUUCUGAUUUUGUGCAAUAUGGUCUGACUUGCUUGGAGAAGUUGGCUGAUCUUGGUGACAAUUGUGCAAAGGCCACUCGCGCAAAGCUGAGGGUUAUAGUUGCAGGAGGUGAUGGUACGGUUGGUUGGGUAUUAGGAGCUCUCGCAGAACUUUUUGUGCACAAAAGAGAACCGGUUCCACCAACUGGAAUCAUUCCACUUGGAACAGGCAAUGAUCUUUCAAGAAGUUUUGAUUGGGGUGGUUCAUUUCCAUUUGCAUGGCGAUCGGCAGUCAAACAUACUCUCUACAAGGCAGUCACCGGCCCUGUUUGCCGCCUUGAUAGUUGGCAUGUUGUGGUUGUGAUGCCUGAUGGAGAAUCAAUAGAACUACCACAUUCUCUUAGACGAAUGGAAAAAAUUACUUUCGGUCAGGAUCAGUUGUUGCAGGACGUGGACAUUGAUGGAGAGUUGCCAGAAAAGAUUUCUUGCUUUGAGGGAGUCUACUAUAACUAUUUUAGUAUUGGAAUGGAUGCUCAAGUAGCAUAUGGUUUCCACCGGUUACGUAAUAAAAAACCAUACCUUGCACAAGGUCCAAUUUCGAAUAAGUUGAUUUACUCCAGCUAUAGCUGUACCCAGGGGUGGUUCUGUACACCAUGUGUGAAUGAGCCAGGCUUAAGGGGUCUCAAGAACAUUUUACGACUUUACAUUAAAAAGGCCAAUUGUGCAGAUUGGGAGCAGAUUCUGAUUCCCUCGAGUGUCAGGGCAAUUGUGGCUUUAAAUCUUCAAAACUAUGCAAGUGGAAGACAUCCAUGGGGCCGUCCUGAGCCUGAAUAUCUCGAGAAGAGAGGCUUUGUUGAGGCUCAUGCAGAUGAUGGUCUACUUGAAAUAUUUGGAAUAAAGCAAGGUUGGCAUGCUUCAUUUGUUAUGACUGAAAUCAUUUCUGCCAAGCACAUCGCUCAGGCUGCUGCAAUUAAGAUGGAAAUCAGAGGUGGCCAGUGGAAACAGGCUUAUCUGCAGAUGGAUGGGGAGCCAUGGAAACAGCCAAUUGUAAAGGACUUCUCAACUCAUGUGGUGAUAAAGAGGGUUCCUUUUCAGUCGCUUAUGAUAAGUGGAAAGUGAGUGUUUAGUUACCUUGGAUUAGGUACAUAACUAAAGGAAGAUUAUUUCAUGUGACCAUGAAACAGCAUGCGGCUUUGUUUGUCAACUAAUACUUGCAAGUUGUAAUCCCGUCUCAAGUCACUACCAGGAACAAUUGCUUUAGGAGAUUGCUGAUACUUAUUGCUUAAAGUUGAUGCAAGUUCAGCUUUCAUCUCACCAUGUAUAUGGACUCAUCAUGUACAGCAUUCUAGUGUCAUUGAUUGGUUCUUCUUCCUGACCUGCACGUAUGGAGGAACAGGAUCUUCUGAUGUUUCUUCUUUAUAUCAUGUUUAUUUCACAAAUGCAGGUGAUAUCUGCAAUGUGAUUACGUUAGUCUUAUAGUGCCAAUAAGCUAUUUGUGGUUUGGUAGUUAUGUGUUGCCCGAAUAUGAAAGCUUGGAUUUAAAGAAUGGAAAUCAUUUU